GUGAGGUAGGUGUAAACCACGAAUAAUAGAAAUAAAUCAGUCUUGUUCUAGCCAGCUUGUUUCACUAACGCGCCCCGUCCCUGACACUUUAACAUGGCGCAGUCGGAGGUCGUAAAAUACGAAAAGAACUUAUGUUAGCAUUAACAUAAUGCAAUAAGUGAGAAUUGAUGAAGUUCAUAUGUGUUAUAACAACAUUUAUUAUCAACAAAGAAGCCUCAAGCAAUAAUUAUGGAGUCAAUUCUGCAACCACCGCAACCGUUUAUUUUUGAAAAUGAUAUAACGAACGUUACUUCUGGAAAUCUGAGUAAGGAUUGGGAAAAGUGGAAAAAUGCCUUCAAGAUUUAUUUCGAAGCCUGUGAAUUACAGAAAAAGGAUAAUAAGGUACAAAUAAACAUCUUAUUGCAUAUCAUAGGCGAAAAGUGUCGUGAGGUAUAUGAGCAAUUCAAAGGCGACAUUAAAACUAUAGAGGAUUUAUUGAAGGAAUUCGAUCGAUUUUUCUUACCCAGAAAAAACAUUACGAUUGAACGUCAUGCAUUCUUUACCCGGAAUCAGCGAGAAUUGGAAUCGGUGGAACAAUAUGUUUUCGAAUUGAACAAAAUAGCGGCAAAAUGUGAAUUUGAACAACUGAAGAGUGAAUUAGUACGAGAUAGAAUGAUAUGUGGAAUAAGGGAUGGAGCUUUACGUGAAAGAUUAUUAAGAGAAACGGAAUUAACAUUGUCAAAAGCGGUUGACAUUUGUACUUUGGCUGAAAUAUCAAGACUACAGGCGAACAGCAUAAAGACAGACACCCAGAUGCAUCAUGUCGACGAAAUAGUAUCUGAUCAGCGGCAAGAUGAGACCUGUGUACACUUUGUUAGACGCGGCGGACCGCGUAACUCGCCAGCAGCUACGCAUCGAACUUCAAAAUGGCGGCAACCUGCGCGACGUCGCGAUAGCGGCUCCGGUUCCGCGCAAACGCAAGUGUCAACGCACAAUCAACAAACAGUGAGGCGGAAAAAUGUGUUUUCAAAUAAUUAUGAACAAUCCACAUCCAAAGGCAAUAAAAACAUAAUGUGUAGAAAGUGUGGAAUAAAUCACAACAAAUUCAACUGCCCAGCUUUUGGGCAACGCUGUAUUGCUUGCAAUAAAAUGAAUCAUUACGCAAGAAUGUGCCAAGUUUACGAGGUCCAGGAGGAGUCCAGUGAUCAGGUAAUUUAUACAAUAAAUAACAAUUCUAGUAAUAAUGACUGGUCAGUUGUACUAUUGAUAAAAAAUACACCAAUCAACUUUAAAUUAGACACUGGAGCCGAUGUUAACAUCUUACCAAAAACUUACUUAAAAGAUCUCAACAUUUUAGACAGGGAAUUAGCUAGGACAACCCUGAAAUUACAAGGAUAUGCUGGUANUGAGUUGACACUGCGGGAAUCUAUCAUGGAUGGUAGAGCGAAAAAGGCAAACUGGUUCGGGAAGAGCGCUCGCAAAACCUUGUCUAGCAGAGCCUGCUCUUUAGUCAGUGGAGGACCAAUAGGCUGUAGUUGGUUUCUAGCAUAA